GAUUUUAUUUUGUUUAAAAUGUCCCAAAAGAAGCAAAAAAUACAAGUUGAAUAAAAGGUUCCUGAGAACGUCGCCAAAAAGACUUAAAGAGAUUCUAAAUUGAGGGAUGCUGUUGCUAAGAGAAGAACAGAGAGAUUGGCUGCCAACAAAACCAGAAGAGCUUAAUGGGAAAAGACUGCUCAAGCUUAUGAAGCUGAGUACAAGGCUGCAGACAAGAGCUUAGUUGAUAACUUACGUAAAGCUAAGACUGAAGGUGGAUUCUAUGUCCCAGCUGAAGCUAAAUUGAUUUUGGUGGUCAGAAUCAGAGGUAUCAACACCUUGAAUCCACAGGUCAGAUAAACCUUGAGACUUUUAAAAUUGAGAUAACUUCACAAUGCAGCCUUUGUCAGAGUCAACAAGGCCACAAUUGAAAUGAUCAGAAAAGUCGAGCCAUAUGUCACCUAUGGAUAUCCAUCAAGAGCUGUCAUCAAGAAUCUGAUUUACAAGAGAGGAUAUGCCAAAAUUAAUGGUCAAAGAAUCCCAAUCACAAAUAAUAAUGUGAUUGAGCAAUAAUUAGGAAAAGUCGGCAUUCACAGCGUUGAAGAUCUCAUCCAUGAAAUUACAACUGUAGGACCUCACUUCAAAGAAGCAAAUAGAUUCUUAUGGGCAUUCAAAUUGAGAGGACCAAGAGGUGGAUUCAUUGCUAAGAGAAAAUCCUUCAUUAAUCAAGGAGAUUGGGGAAAUAGAGAAGAUCUCAUCAAUGAUCUUGUUAAGAGAAUGAUUUGAUUGAACAGUAAUUAUAUAUACAUUAAUAAAUAAAUAAAUCAAUUUAUUUUAUGAAUAAGUA